GUGUUGUAAUCAUUGCUCCUCGGGCUUUUGGUUCAGAGGGAGAGUGGCGGAGCAUUGCAAAGAUCUGUUUACAUUCACCCUCCCACUCGAGGGCUGUGGGUUCCUCAAAGGCUGGCUGCGCGGUGGAUUCCCUGCGAUAUUUCCAGGGCGCAGGACGGUGCCUGGCACCAGGCAGAUGUUCCUAGACGUCGGUAGGAUGAAUGAAAGCCCUGCACGGUGGGAGAAUCAGACGAAGGACGACCAUGUGGUCAGAGGGGCUGAGCUGUUUGUUUGUGUUCCGUGGAAGGCAGAAUGGGCUGAACUGGGACUGACCUAAAUGUCUACCAAAGGAGUCGUCCGGCAUGGUCUGCCCACCGCACGCCGAGGCGCCCUGACCAUGAGCCUCAACUCCUCCCUCGGCCACAGGAAGGAGCUGAGCAACCUCACGGACCAGGAGGGUGGCGAAGGGGGCGCCGUCAUCACCGACUUCAUCACCAUCAUCAUCAUCACCAUUUUUGUCUGCCUGGGCAACCUGGUCAUUGUGGUCACCUUGUACAAGAAGUCCUACCUCCUGACCCUCAGCAACAAGUUCGUCUUCAGCCUGACCCUGUCCAACCUCCUGCUGUCCGUGCUGGUCCUGCCCUUCGUGGCGACCAGCUCCAUUCGGAGGGAAUGGGUCUUCGGCGUGGUCUGGUGCAACUUCUCCGCGCUGCUGUACCUGCUGAUCAGCUCGGCCAGCAUGCUCACGCUCGGGGUCAUCGCCGUCGACCGCUACUACGCUGUCCUGUACCCCAUGGUGUACCCCAUGAAGAUCACGGGGAACCGAGCUGUGAUGGCGCUUGUCUACAUCUGGCUUCACUCCCUCGUCGGCUGCCUGCCCCCUCUGUUCGGCUGGUCGUCGGUGGAGUUUGACGAGUUCAAGUGGAUGUGCGUGGCCGCGUGGCACCGGGAGCCUGGCUACACCGCCUUCUGGCAGAUCUGGUGUGUCCUGUUCCCCUUUCUAGUCAUGCUGGUGUGCUAUGGCUUCAUCUUCCGUGUGGCCAGGGUCAAGGCACGCAAGGUGCACUGUGGCACCGUGCUCAUCGUGGAGGAGGACGCCCAGAGGAACGGGAGGAAGAACUCCAGCACCUCCACGUCCUCCUCUGGCAGCAGGAGGAACGCCUUUCAGGGCGUGGUCUACUCGGCCAACCAGUGCAAAGCCCUCGUCACCAUCCUGGUGGUCCUCGGCGCCUUCACAGUCACCUGGGGCCCCUACAUGGUCGUCAUCACCUCCGAGGCCCUCUGGGGGAAGAACUACGUCUCCCCGACCCUGGAGACCUGGGCCACGUGGCUGUCCUUUACCAGCGCCAUCUGCCACCCCCUGAUCUAUGGGCUCUGGAACAAGACGGUCCGCAAGGAGCUGCUGGGCAUGUGCUUCGGGGAUCGGUACUACCGGGAGCCGUUCGUGCAGCGGCAGAGGACGUCCAGGCUCUUCAGCAUUUCCAACAGGAUCACAGACCUGGGCUUGUCCCCACACCUCACGGCCCUCAUGGCAGGCGGCCAGCCCCUGGGGAACAGCAGCAGCACGGGGGACACUGGCUUCAGCUGCUCCCAGGACUCAGGAACAGACGUGAUGCUGCUCGAGGACUGCACGUCUGAUGACAGCCCUCCCUCCCACUGCACCUGCCCCCCCAAGAGAAGGAGCUCCGUGACCUUUGAGGAUGAAGUGGAACAACUCAAAGAUGCUUCCAGGAACCCUAUUCUUCACGUGAAAGCUGAAGUGCACGAGUCCUUGGACAGUUACGCGGCCAGCUUGGCCAAAGUCAUAGAGGCCGAAGCCAAGAUCAACCUGUUCGGGGAGGAGGCGUUGCCCGGGGUCCUGGCCGCAGCUCGGACUGUCCCAGGGGCUGGCUUUGGGGGCCGCCGAGGCAGCAGGACUCUCGCGAGUCAGAGGCUGCAGCUGCAGAGCAUCGAGGAAGGGAACAUUUUAGCUGCGGAACAGACAUGAGGGCCUCAGGGUGGACCGUCCGGCACAGGGGCGCCCGGGGGAGGGGCGACAUCGGGGGCGCGGCCGCCAGCACUCGGGCUCCUGGUGGGUCCUGGCGAUGGGACCAGAGGCAAGCAGACGGAGGUGUGGCCGUGACUUUUUGGGAGGGGGGCAUAGAAGGGGGAAUAGGGACCAUGGCUUGGAAGGAAACCACCAUGUGGGUACCUUCCUCUUCUUCAGGACCAGUCCAGCUGGGCACUGUCCCUGAGGUCUCAGGAGCUAAGCCCUUCACCGUGCACUUUGGAGGACAGCACUUCCUCCUCACAAAGCAGGAUCGUCCCCCGGCCUUCCGCGGGGUUGAUGCAGGCCACGUGGGGCCGUUGGGUCGACACUGAAUGCUCCUCAGAGGAGAACCUGGGAGCAGAGCCCCUCAGAUGGGCUACCCACGCCUCCGUCCUUCUUAGGACCUUGCCAUUAGCAGAGCUGCCUGCUGGUGCUUGUAGGGGUGGCCCGCGGGCCACUGAGUAGAAGCAACAGGCCCGGGGCUGCUGUUGCUGAGAAUGGGGGCCGUCCUGCCUGCCUCCCUAUUGACAGAUGCUUUGGGAUUCCAAACGAUGGGAGCAACCACUAUAAAAGACACAAGGAAGAA